AUGCACUACUAUCAAAAGUUUGCAGUUAUCGGUCUUAUCCUUGGUGUAAUUCCUGUGAUUUUGGGUAUCGUUGGUUUAACAACGUUAUCAUGGAUCAGUAUCACAUACGAUGAAUCAUUAUCAACACCGGUUACCUACGAUCUUUUUCGUCGAUGUCGGAACGGAACAAACGAAUGUGACACUGUUCCAUCUUUUCGUAUUUCUCAAUAUUUAGAGAUCACCGGUUAUGCUGUCUUAGCCAUGGGUAUUAUUCUUAGUGUGAUAUUCACCGGAUUUGUUGAUAAACGCUCGAUUCAUUUUCUUACGCCGAUUGUUAUCAUUCUCGGAGUAUUUUCGAUGAUAAUUGGAUUUAUUUUUUACAUCGAAAGUAUCUUCGAGAUGAACCCCAAUAGUCCCAUCCUAAAAGUGAAUUUCGGAUAUAGCUUAAUACUUAUGCUAUCAACGGGUGCUCUUGGAUGUUUACUGGCAGUUUACUUUUCCUUCACUGCUGGUUAUAUUCAACGGCAUAUACUCUCCAAUGUCAAUAUUUAUUAA